AUGAGAUACAUUCGCAUGAUAACUCGUUAUGAGGACAAAGAAUAUGUCCUAGACGAGAAGCUUGAAAGGAUCAACCCAGAAGAAGCUACUCCUGAAGAGAUGGCCGCCUUUGAGGCCCACGAGCGUGAUGCAACGAAAGUUCAUUGCAUCAUGUUGGCCACCAUGAACCUCGAACUCCAAAAGUCCUAUGAGGACAUGUAUCCAUAUGAGAUGCACAAGAUUUGCUGGACAGGUACCACCAGAGCGCGAGGCAAGAGCGCUAUGAGAUCAUCACCAACAUGA